AUUUGGCAAUAUCUUAUGUGAGUGCUGCUAGAGCAGGAGAGACUUUAUUAAUUGAAAGUUCCGUAUUUAAAAUUGGUAAGUCACUUACGAAUACUCAUACCAUACUUAAACAGAAGAACUCUGGUAAAGUAAUUGCCAUGGGGCAACACACCAAAUUUAAUGGUAAAUAA